UUCCUUUGUUUCUUUUAUUUUUAUUUUAUUUUGUCCCUUUUUUUGUUUUGUUCUGUUAAAUCUCUUUCCCUUGUACUUGUGAACUGGUACUUCGGUUCUGUAAAAAUGGUGUUUUGUAAAGGGUUCACAGUGUUACAUAUUGAAGUUGACCUGAAGCUGCUUAUGAAUGGUGGAUCGUAUACACAGAAUUUAGAAUAUGAUUAAAUUUUGCUGUGAAUUAUGGGUAAAUUUAAUUUGGAAUAGAUUUAAGCAUCUGAUUUCAACAGAUGAGUACAUUGUAUCAGAAGGCAGGAAUAGGGAAAAAUACCAGUUCUAAAAUACAUUCUGUCCUAUGUUGUGCUUCAAGUUUGUCUUAGAAAAGGAUAGUUGAAACUCUUGCUUUUGGAGAAAUUCACUUUACGACGUAAAGUCAUGAUCUUCCUCUGCUGUUUUUCCUCUUCCCAGCAGAGCAGUUUUAUUUUAGGUUGCAUGGCCUAUUUAAAAGAAAGCUUAGUAUUUACAGCUAAUAUGAAGAGUUUAAAAUAAUUAUUUCUGAAAUUGCACUUUCAUUAAUAUUGAAGGGCAUUAUUUAUUUGUUUGCCUCUGAUGAAACCUUGCUUCAGUGUGGUCAGUGGCAGUAAGAUUUCAUCCUUUUGGUUUUGUAAUUUUAAGAAAAAACUGUUUACCACUCAUAAGUACAGAUGCAGCCUGAGGGUUUGGUUGGAAUGUGUUGUGUGAGGCACGUUGUCUUUUAACACUGUUAUUUGUGGGAAGAUUGAAUUAGUUCAUUGUGCGCGUGCGUGUGUGUAUAUGUGUACAUUGCACUUCAACAUGCUCCAGUGGUGCUUACUUCAAGAAGAGGAUUUAAGAAAGAAAGAAAGAAAGAAAAAGAAAAAAAAGUAUCGGUCACCUCACUAUCUCGGAAACCAUGGCAGUUCAUGCUGGAGUGGUUGAGAAAGUUCUCAUCCUUAAAUGAUAUUUGUUCUUCCUGUGAAACAGAAGCCCUCAAACAGAAGCAGUGGACCAGGUGGUGUGUUUAGUUUUCGGGCGUUGCUCUUUCACAGCUGCACUGGGAUGAAUUGGUUUCACUCUAGUAAAGCACCAAGCUGUGCAGUGCAGCUGGGAAGAGCUUUCCUUCCUAUGGUCUCUGUUGGAUUUAGUUGUGGUAGUUGAGAUAAUUGCCAGUAGCUGUAAUCUGUUUAAUCACUGCUGCUAAAUCCAAUAAGAAUAAUGAAUUGGAUCACAGAGAAGUUAUUUUGUAAGUGUGCAUUUUCCAUUGAUUUAAAAUAGUAGGAAAAUAACAAUUAAUUAUGUUUAGAGUAAUGUGAACUGUAAGUAUUUUUAAAACAAGGAAACUUACUUAUUCAAGAAGCAGUUUUAGGGGGAGAAUUAACCAUCUAGUUUCAGUAAAAGAAUUAAUUUCUGAGCAUUUGGGGAUAAAAAUGCUAUGAUUAGUAUUUAACAAAUAUUUACGUCAGGCAUUUAGCAAAAUGGAUUCUGGUGAGAAGUAGGUUGAGUAGGGUUCUUAAGCACUUCGUUGAUGCAAAAAAGAGUGAUGAUCGUAACUGAUAUUUAGGAAAUUGUACAUUUCCUAAAAGUGUCUCUAGGCAGUGCAGAGCUAAUGUACAUCUGCUUCCAGAUUCCUUUGCAAAGUGAGGGAUCGAUAAAUAAGUCAUCAUAGUGUCUGUCACUUACUAAACACAAGGGCUUCUAAGAAGUCAUUCUAAGGCAGAGAUGUGGCAUAUUUAUUUUGUCUAUUUACCUCAUUAGAAAAUAAAUGUGUUUACCUCAUUUGCAUUCAGCUUUUAAAUGCCAUGAGUUUAAAAAAUAAACCAGUUAGUCUUAAGCUAAAGUGUCCUAAUUUAAUUUGUCAUACCCACGUGUUUUAUUGUAUCUUUGUGGGCUUAUAUUUCUUUUAUAAAUAAAUUCGUGGAGAUAAAACGCCAAAACUUAAAGCCUGUAACUUGUGAGGUUAUUUGGCCUUGCAUAUAAUUCAUUUUUCAAAAGUGUCUAAAGAACAAGGGAGUAAAUUUGCCAGAUAUUUCAGGUUUUCUUCCCCCCUCUCUCCCUACAACUCUUUGUUUAUAUAGAAUUGUGAUCUGGCCUUAAAAACUGGAGAAGGAUCUUUUCAAAAGACAAUGUCAUUAAAUAUACAGGCAAAUUUUUAGGGUUCUGUUUGUGGCAGGAAACUGUUCAACUAGAUUUCUUUAUUUAAAAUAAAACACUACAUUGCUGAAGAAUCAAAGUAUUCUGGAAAUAAUGCUGCUGACCUUGCAAUUUAGAUAUGCCUGUUACUCAUUCUUUGAACUGUAAUGUUGCACUUAACUGAAAGUUUUCAGUGGAUUCCUUGAGCAACAUUUGAGCAAAUGAUUAAUUGCAAUUAUUUCGGUAAGAUGAUCCAUAUACUUAAAGUUUAGACUUGUAUUUAAGUACCUUUCUUAACUUGACCCAUCAUCUGCUUAGUUCUGUGCCUAACUCAGUUUCUUUUUAAAGGGGCUAAAUGCCUCAAGUAUCUCCUAAGUUUGUCUGGUUAAAUGUAUAUUGGAUUGUCUGUAUGUAAGUGCAUACUUAAAUUAGGCGUAUCUUUAGAUACAUUACUGACCAAGGAUCUAAAUUAGAAUGUAGGCACUCCACUUCAGGAGCCAUUUCUGCCUUCAAAUUUACCUGAGCCAUGUCUGGUUGAUCCUAUGGAAACCUGCAUGAAUAUCCAGUUAAUUGCAAGAUACUAGGUGUUCAGGAUAUGGUCUCGUUCAUUAGUCAUUUGAAAACAUUUAGGUAUUUUGAUUUUCAGAAUAGCUGGUAUAUAAUUCUAGGCCUAAUUUGCAUGCACAGCUGCUGGAAUUGUAUAUUCAAAAGCCUGUUAGUUAGCUACAUACUAGGCAGGAUGUGCAGCAAAGUACCUGUUACUCAUGGGCAAUCAGGCAAAUCAGAGAUGCCUCUCAUUGCAUGCCUGACUUCAAAAUGAGAUCUGUGAAGAAUGCUCAACAUUGUGAUGGUGUCUCAAAUUCAUGCAUGUUUUUUGAAAAGCCCUGGAAAUCAUUAUUGCACAGUUAAUUCUUAAGUGCUAAUAAUUUUCCUGUUUUUCUCCUUUAGAUAGCAAAACCAAGUGGUUUGUUACAUGUUAAGGAGCAAGGUGCCUCAAAAAUUUAAUAAAAAUAAAAUAAAUGUAAAUAGGAAGCAUGAGAAGCAAAUGGGUACUGUCAUUUUAUUUUUUCUAUUCCACCCAUGCUACAUAUAAAUUAAGUUUCAUUUAGAUUUGUUUUGUCCUUUGAUCAUAUCCAACUCUAGCCCAAUCAUUGCUGCAGAUCUGUAGAACAGUGAUGCAGCCAACACGAACGGUUGUCAUGUGUAAAACAACUUUCGAUCACCGCGAAAACACCGCCCUGGGAAAGCGUCCAUGCUUGAUAUCGUUUGGUUCAUGAACAUUAAGUUUCCAGUACAGGUAAAAUCCCAGAUGAAGCCAAAGCCCUUUCUCUGUUGGCGCCUGCUCCUACUAUGACAAGCCUGAUGCCUGGUGCAGGGUUGCUUCCUAUACCUACACCAACCCCUUUGACUACGCUUGGUGUUUCACUUGGCACUUUGGGGGCUAUACCAGCAGCAGCCUUGGACCCUAACAUUACGGCACUGGGAGAAAUACCACAGCCACCAAUUAUGGGGAAUGUAGAUCCAUCCAAAAUUGAUGAAAUCAGGAGAACAGUCUAUGUUGGAAAUUUGAAUUCCCAGACUACAACAGCAGAUCAGCUGCUUGAAUUCUUUAAGCAAGUUGGAGAAGUCAAAUUUGUGCGAAUGGCAGGUGAUGAGACACAACCAACACGAUUUGCUUUUGUGGAAUUUGCAGACCAAAAUUCUGUACCUCGAGCUCUUGCCUUUAAUGGAGUUAUGUUUGGAGACAGGCCACUGAAAAUAAAUCACUCAAAUAAUGCAAUAGUGAAGCCUCCUGAAAUGACACCACAAGCUGCUGCCAAGGAACUAGAAGAAGUGAUGAAGAGAGUAAGGGAAGCUCAGUCUUUCAUAUCUGCUGCUAUUGAGCCAGAGUCUGGAAAGAGCAGUGAAAGAAAAGGCGGUCGUUCACGUUCCCAUUCUCGUUCAGAAUCCAGAUCUAGCUCAAAAUCCCGAUCUAGAAGGAAAAGAUCACACUCAAAACACAGAAUUCCUGUAAUUGAAAUCCAUGCUAACAAGUCCUCUGAACUGAAAAGAAGUAGAUCUGGGAACAGAUCGCUCUCAAGACACAAGGACAGACGCAGAUCCAGAAGUCCCUUGAAAAAACGGUCAAGAUCUAGGGAAAGACGUAAAUCAAGAAGUCGCUCUCGUUCUCGGGACAAGAAAAGAGACAAAGAAAAGGUCAAGGAAAAAGAAAAGGCCAAAGAAAAGGAAAAAGAGAGAGACAGAGACAAGGAGAAGGAGAGAGACCGAGAUAGAGACAAAGACAAGGAGAGAGAGAGAGAUAAAGAGAGAAACAAGGAGAAGGACAGGGAAAGAGAAAAAGAGCGAAACAGAGAUCGAGAGAGAAUCAGAGACAGAGAUAGGGACAGGGACAGGGACAGGGAGAGGGACAAGGAUAGGGAUAGGGAAAAGGACAGGGAAAAGGAGAAAGAUAAGGAAAAAGAAAAAGACAGGGAAGAGGUAGACCAGAACAAGGAAAAAGAAGAUAUUGAGAAAGAAGGAGAAAAGGACAGAGAGAAGAUUAGGGACAGGGAAGGAGAUAAGGACAAAGGAGGGGACAGAGAGAAGGACAGAGAUAAAGAAAAGGAAAAAGAUGGGGACAAGGAAAAAGAGCGAGAAAGAGAAAAAGAGAGAGAUGAUAAAAAGAAGAAAGAGAAGAGAUCCAGAACACCUCCAAGAAGCUACAGCUCUUCAAGAAGAUCUCGUAGCUCCAGCAGAGAAAGGCGUAAAAGGAAGAGUAGAAGUCCCUCCAAGUCUCCUAAAAUAUCCAAAACAACGAAGAGAAAGUCUUCACAAACUCCUUCGCCAAGACGAAACAAGAAAGAAAGAAAAAGAGAAAGAGAUACAAAUAAUGAAAGAAGAGAAAGAGAACGCUCCACCUCCAAGAAAAAAAGUAGUAAAGAAAAAGAGGGAAAGGAGAAAUCUGACAAAAGCGCCACUACUUUUAAGGACAAAGAUCAUACUAAAGAGGAUCAGAAUUCAGAAACUGACAGAGAAGUAGACAACGAGGAUACAGAAAUGCCAGAUGAAGUCAAACUACAACAGAACGGGAACUGUCAACCAAAUGAAGAAAACCUCUCCAUUAAAAUGGAAGAGGUUUAAAGCAAAGAUGGACCUCUGAUUCAACUAAGGAAUGAAAUCCAAAGCUUUUUGUUUCCCGAAACGAGGAAGAAAAUUGUCAAAGCAAUCAACCUGAACGUGUUGAUAGUACUAGUAGCUCUUCCAAUUCUUGUGAUAGCUUUGUUGUCUUCUUGCUGUGAAGCAAGAGAGCAUGGACCAGUAGUUAAACCAUGAGAAGGCAGAUACCAUCAGAACUAUUCAUCUCUGAAAAUCUACGCAUUUCUGUGAUGGCUGUACUUAUUUGAAAAAUGAUUUAUGUUAAGUUUUGCCAUAAGCUGUUACAAAUAAGUAGAAACUGAGAGAUGUAAACCUGUACUACCCAAAAAAAGUUGAAGAUACGCAUUGAAGGUUGUUUAAAAUACUGCUUGAUGAUGAAUUUUGUAUUGUUUCACUUUGUGGGUUAAAAAAAUCCACAAAAACUUCAAUGUGUACUGUUUGAUGUGCUUGGAAAUGGUGCAUAAAUAUACGCAGUUUCUUUUAUUGUAAAUGACAAGUGUAGGGAAAGAAUUUUAGAACAUAAACACGGUUUUGCCGUCCUUAUGUUAAAUACCCACUGACUAGUAUGUUUUUAAUUUGCUCACUGCUUGAGAUUCUUGGGUUUUAUUAUUUAAAAGAAUUUCUUACUAAUAUCCCCCAAAUUAAUAUUUCUGUUAUAGUAUUUGAACAAUGCAUGCUACUUUUCUGUUUCCUAAAAGGUACAAUGCCAUCUUAUAGAUAAUAGGUUACCUUAGUGAGUUAUUUUGGGGUUGUUUUGUUGUUUUAUUUUUUUCCUUCCAGAAGUGAGCACAUGUGUACGGUAUUAUCAGAACUUACAGCUUUGUUUUGAGCUGUAUGGCAGUGUCUGUUCAACUGCAAAUAGUACAGGUGCCAUUAUGAAAAUAAUUUUUCUUAUUUGUUUAAAAAAAUAUGGGAGCACAAGCAGAAGCUUUAGUGCCUUCUUAAAAUGUCGUAUUUUCUAGAAAUGUCUUGUGUGCUAUUACUCAUUUUCAGCUAAAUCUUACAUGAUCUCUAUUGCUAGUUUGUCAGCACCACACUGUAGACAAAAAUGCAAGUUAUUUGUUAGAAUGAUUGUUUAAUUCACUUGUUAAAAUCCUAAAGCUCCAUUUUUACAUUUAUUUUUUAUUUUUAGAAGAGAUGUAUAGACGAAAGCAAAGAUGCAGUUUGGGGACCACCACUGUACAAUAGUAGUAGCUGAAUACAAAGCAUUUUCUGAUCAUCUGCAUCAAAGACAGCCCUUCAGACAUUUAGUCUGUAUUUGGAUGGCCUUAAUUGUUACCUCUCCAUCAUCUUCUCUGGUACCUGUUGGGUGAUAUAAAAAGAAUUGUAUGCAAAGAGUGGGGAUAUAUAAUUUGGUGAAAAAAAGUUCUAAUUUACACAGGAGUUAGGUGGUAGAGAUUCUUUUUCUUUAUUUGGGGAGAAAGCAUGUAAGAAGAGGUUGACAAAGCAAGUAUUUUUGUCAGGGUAAAGCAUGGCUUGUGUUCUCUGAAAUAAUGUAAUUGGUUACGUAAGAAUAUCUUGAGUCACACAUUUAAAAUUUACCUAUACCUAAAAUUGAGUAUAUUGUUUUUAAUGCAACUUAAUGCAAUCAAAUUUCUUAAUUGCCUUACCUCAUGGGAGGAGUUAUUUCUUUCAGUUAAAAAACAAAAAUGGAAACCUUAAUAGCACAUUAGCUGUUUGCUUUCAGUUUGUUUUUCUUUUUCUUUGCAUAGUUAAUUCUUCUGAAAAAAAAUAUUACAGGGAAUGAAAAAUUUGCCCAGUUCCUAAGGUAAUAAAACCCGAUUUGAUUGUGAAGCUGCUUAGUCACUCUUCAUUUGCAUUAGGAUUUAAUGUUCUUGCCACUGUGUACAUUUAAGACUAUAGAAGAUGCUUUACCAUGUAAAGUAUAGACAGUCAUUUUUGUGAUGUUUAAGCCACGUGCUGUUGGCUGGAAAACAGCAUAUUCUGGUAAAAGAAUGACAAAUCUAUAUGCUUACAGGAAGACUGUGAAGGAUUGUGUCUUGCAACAACAGCUGUCUUAUUUAUCUUGUGUAAGUAGCAUAGAGCAAAGAGAUUGUUUGUAUACUUGUUAUCUUUGGUACCAUUUCACUAAUAAAAUUAAGUAUUUUAGA